GGAAACCUCUCAACACUUCAGACAUACCGUCAUUAUACGUGCCUUGGCAGGCCAACCAGAGCAUAUCAAAUGUCGCGGGGCCGGCCGGAGCGUGAGCAGACAUGGGCCCGGCACGGAGCGGGCCGCUUAUCAACGGGGUGGAGAGCCGGGGGCGGCACUUAUACAUGCCGGAGCGGGGGAUUCACACUUCAGACCUUACAGACCUCAUGUCGUUUGUUGGCUUCAUCCUCUGUCCUCAAAUCAUCUCAGGCUGUGCGUCACCCACAUUGCAUAGUUGAGUCUGUAUACGCGUCCUUAGCAACCGCAGUCAGAUCCCCGGCCAUGAGAACAAGAACCGGCCAGGAGACUUAUGCCCAACGGCAAAGGCAUGACUCCCCCAUCCCAGAAGAAGUCUACAAGCCCUGGAAGCUCCCGCGGCAGCAGUCGUACGUCUUCGUGAACAUCGACGUGGUCGACACCGACGCCGGCGAGAUCCGCCCGGGCCGGAUAGUGCGCAUCGAAAACGGCCUCAUCAAGUCCAUCACGCCGGCACCAUCGUCGUCAUCGCCCAACACCAACACCAACAGCGACGACGCAAUCUACAUCAACUCGGCAGGGAGGUACCUGACGCCGGGCCUGAUAGACGCCCACGUGCACCUCGCCUCGGUGCCGGGGACGCCCGACCUGCAGUCGGCCAUGGCCACGCCCGCCGCCGUGUCGGCCCUGCGGCAGCCCUACCAGUGCCGCGCCAUGCUGGAGCGCGGCUUCACGUCGGCGCGGGACUGCGGCGGCGCGGGCCUCGCGCUCAAGGAGGCCAUCGGCGAGGGCGUGUUCCCCGGCCCGCGGCUCUUCAUCUCGGGGCACGCCAUCAGCCAGACCGGCGGGCACGGGGACCGGCGUGGGGCACACGAGGGCGGCGGCAGCGGCGGUGGUGACAUGGGGUGCUGCGGUGGAGGCGGAGGUGGAGGGGGCGAGCUGGACGGCGGGCUGAGCAUGGUCGUCGACGGCGUGCCGGGCGUGCUGGCCGCGGCGAGGACACAGCUGCGUCGCGGCGCAGACUUCCUCAAGUUCAUGGCCGGCGGCGGCGUGGCCUCGCCCACGGACCCCCUCUCGAGCAUCCAGUUCACCGCCGACGAGAUGCGCGCGAUAACGGCAGCCGCCUCGGACGCGGGGACCUUCGCCACGGCGCACGCCUACACGCCGGCGGCGAUCCGGCGGGCCGUCGCGGCCGGCGCCAGGGGCAUCGAGCACGGCAACCUGCUGGACGCGGCGACGGCGCGGCUGCUCGCCGACGGCGGCGUCUUCCUGACCCCGACGCUCGUCGCGCACGCCGCCAUGGCCGACCCCAGGUACGCCGGCUUCCUGCCGGGCGCCAGCGCGGCCAAGAACGCCGGGCUGCUCGGGCGGGGGCUGGAGGCCGUCGGGCUCGCGCACGAGGCCGGCGUCCGCAUGUGCCUCGGCAGCGACCUGCUCUCGUUCCUCGGCGCCGAGCAGCUGGGCGAGUUUGGGCUGCGGGCGGGGGUGCUGCCCGCCGCCGAGGUGCUCAGGCACGCGACCGUCAACCCGGCGCGGCUCCUGGGCCAGGAGGCGAGGCUGGGCCAGGUCCGCGAGGGGUUUGUUGCCGACCUGCUGGUGCUGAACGCGAACCCGCUCGAGGACGUCACGGUGUUUGAGAGGCCCGAGAGGCACCUGCUCGGGGUGAUCAAGGAGGGCAGGGUGUAUGCGAGCAGGUGGUCGAAGCUGCCUGUUGAUGUUGAGCCGGGCAGGGUGUUGCUUGACUGA